CCGGUGAAUCAACUUCAAUGGAGCUCGACCUCCACCCCUUCAUCGAUUCAUCCACCUCCACCGACGACGACGGUGGUCAUCACCGGACCAUCGACGAGAUUCUCAAUGACUGUGACACAUCGUCAUCAUCACCCUCUCCUCCUUCUUCACCCCAACCCUCUCAUUCCCUUUUUACUCACUACAAUUCCAAUCCCCAUAAACCCACGCUCUUAGAAGAAAAGUUAGUUCCACCCAGACCCGGUUCGUUUUCUCGGGUCAAACCGGCUGAUUCACCCGAUGACCCGUUUCGCAGCAGGGUUUCGCGCCCUUUCUCGUCUCUGUUGAGUGGUGUGAGGUCGAAUGCGAAGCCCGGUGCGGCGCUUGCCGCCGCCGUCGCCGCUUCUAGGUCUGUCCCGACGCCGCAUGCGGCGGCGAUUAAGUCCAGGAGGAAGGUUGCAGUUGCGGGAAGUUCUGAAUCGAGUUCGGUCACUGGUGGCGGCGGCGAUGAUUCUGAUGUUUCUUCAAAAGGUGAAUUGGGUGGUGAGUUUGGUGAGAAAUUUGAUAAUGGUUCUCAAUCUUCCAUUGUUGAUAACUUCGAUCAAGUGCAGAGAAAAGUUGAGACUAUUGAGAGUGUUGUUUCUGUUCCUGAGAGUGAUGUAGAAAUUGCAACUAAUCAAAUGGAUGAUUCAAAGGCUGGUGGUGCUGACAUUCAGGUGCAUAAUGAUUCUUCUCUAGUGAGUGAGGAGAAGAGAGAUUUGGAUGAAUGUUCUGCUACUCCUUCCUUGGAUGAGGUUGAAAAUGGAGAGGAAGGAGAUGAUCAUGAUCAUGAUAAUGAUCCUGAGAAGAAUGUGAAUUUUGCAACUUUUGAUGAUAAUGAAGAAACUAGUAUUGCUUAUGUUGAUGUUGGUGAUAAGAGAAUCACUGCUGAGGAUGUUUUGACAGAUAUGGAAACGGAAGAACUAGUGAAUGGUGGUAGUUGUAUGGAUGAUAUUAAGAAUGAGGCCAAUGUCAGUGGCUGCCGCGGCAGCGAUGAUAGUAGUUCAAUAGGUGAUGUUUAUGUUAGCGAGCUAGUGGAAGAGAGACUUGGGAAGUUGGAAAGCAGAAGGGCUGCUAGGAGAGCAGAGAAAAAGUUAGAGGCUUCAAGGAAGCCUCUUGAAUUGGCUGAAGAACUGGAGAAGAAGCACGCUUCAACUGGUUUGCAUUUGGAAGAGGGUGCUGCUGCCCAGCCAAUGAGGCUCGAGGGCGUUCGUAGAGGGUCCACAACAUUGGGAUAUUUUGAUGUUGAUGCUGAUAAUGCUGUCACGAGGGCCAUUUCAUCCCAAACAUUCAGGCGCGAAUAUGGUUCAGCUCAAGUCUUGGCAGUUCAUGCUAAUUACAUUGCAGUAGGAAUGGCGAAAGGACUCAUUGUUGUAGUUCCCAGUAAAUAUUCUAUUUAUCAUGCAGACAACACUGAUGGAAAGAUGUCGAUGCUUGCUGGUGAUCGGUUACAUGCUCCAGUGACAUCCAUGUCCUUCAAUCAGCAAGGAGACUUUCUUUUAGCUGGUUAUGGUGAUGGUCAUGUUACUCUUUGGGAUGUACAGAAAGGUGCAGUGGCUAAAGUUAUUAGUGGAGAGCAUACAGCACCAGUUGUACAUACAUUGUUUCUAGGUCAGGAUCCUCAGAAUACUCGUCAAUUUAAAGCAGUCACUGGUGAUAGUAAGGGUCUGGUUCUCUUACACAGUAUCUCAGUGGUCCCUGUGAUUAAUAUAAAUAUAUUCUCCAUCAAAACUCAGUGUCUUCUUGAUGGGCAAAGAACGGGCUUGGUGCUAUCAGCUUCACCACUCCUUUUGGAUGAAUCUUCGCCUGGGGGAGAUGCAGGUUGGAAACUCUUCAAUGAAGGCUCUUCUUCGGCUGAAGAAGGUGUGGUUGUAUUUGUCACCCAUCAAAUUGCUUCUGUGGUGCGGCUGAGUUCUAAACCGGAAGGCUAUCCUAAACUCUCUAGGCCAGAUGGAAUUCGGGAGGGUUCCAUGCCAUAUACUGCAUGGAAAUACAUGGCACCAACAUGUAGUUCUACUGAAAAUAUGUCUGCAGAAGCUGUUGAAAGAGUUUCAUUGCUUGCAAUUGCUUGGGAACGGAAAGUUCAGGUUGCAAAGUUGGUCAAGUCAGAAUUAAAAGUAUAUGGAAAAUGGUCUCUUGACACUGCGGCUAUAGGUCUGGCAUGGUUGGAUGAUCAGAUGCUGGUAGUUCUCACUUCAACUGGACAACUGUGUUUAUUUGCCAAGGAUGGAACUGUGAUUCACCAAACUAGUUUUGCUGUAGAUGGUAUUGGAGGAGAUGAUCUAGUUUCUUAUCAUACUCACUUCAUCAAUAUAUUUGGAAACCCUGAGAAAGCUUAUCAUAACUCUGUCGCCGUAAGAGGAGCUUCUAUUUAUAUACUUGGUCCAACUCAUCUUAUUGUUUCUCGUCUUCUCCCUUGGAAAGAGCGUAUUUUGGUUUUGCGGAAAGCAGGUGACUGGAUGGGUGCCUUGAACAUGGCAAUGACUCUCUAUGAUGGCCAUGCUCAUGGGGUUGUUGACCUUCCUAGAACCUUGGAUGCCGUACAUGAGGCCAUAAUGCCCUUCUUGGUGGAGUUGCUUAUAUCGUAUGUUGAUGAAGUGUUCUCCUAUAUUUCAGUGGCAUUCUGCAACCAAAUUGGAAAACUGGAUCAAUCCAAUGGUUCAAAUAGUAGAAGCAAUUCAGUGCAUUCUGACAUAAAGGAGCAAUACUCUCGUGUUGGUGGUGUUGCUGUUGAAUUUUGUUGUCAUAUCAAACAGACAGACAUCCUUUUUGACAAAAUUUUCUCCAAGUUCAUCGAUGUUCAUGUUCAACAGAGAGAAACAUUUUUGGAGCUUUUGGAGCCAUAUAUUUUGAAGGACAUGCUUGGAUCUCUACCUCCCGAGAUUAUGCAAGAACUGGUAGAGUAUUAUAGCAGCAAAGGGUGGUUACAGCGGGUUGAGCAAUGUGUACUUCACAUGGAUAUUUCAUCCUUGGAUUUUAAUCAGGUUGUCAGAUUAUGCCGGGAGCAUGGACUAUAUAGUGCCCUGGUGUAUCUCUUUAAUAAAGGAUUAGAUGAUUUUAGGACACCUCUGGAGGAGCUGUUUGCAGUCUUACAAAAUAGCCAAAAGGAAAGUGCUGCUGCUCUUGGGUAUAGAAUGCUGGUUUAUCUCAAAUACUGCUUUACAGGUUUUGCCUUUCCACCAGGUCGGGGAACUAUUCCUCCUCAACGCUUGCCAUCUCUUAGAAAAGAACUUGUAGAGUUUUUGUUAGAGGAUUCUAAUACUCUGAAAUCACAGACAGUUUCAGACUUUGUGCCCAGACGACCCUACCUGAAUCUAUAUCAUCUCUUAGAGUUAGACACUGAAGCUACAUUAGAUGUCCUCAGAUGCGCUUUUGUGGAAGAUGAAAUUUCAAAUGCCUGCUCAUCCUUGCUGAAUUCAGCCAAUAAAUCUAUUGUGGAAGCAAAAAAAGAAAAUAAUAAUGAUACUGAAACUCAAAGUGCCUUGGUUCAGAAUACAGUAGAUGUUCUCGUUCAAAUAAUUGAUAUGAAUGUUUUUCCAACAGAUACAACCUCAAAUAGUGGUGAUGGUGGGUUGAUAAAAGAGUGGCCUUCAAAGGACAUAGGUUAUCUGUUUGAGUUCAUUGCAUAUUAUGUUGCUCUCCAAAGAGCUAGAGUUUCAAAGGAUGUGCUGUGUCAAAUAUUGGAAUAUUUGACAUCGGAUAGUUACUUUUCAACUAAUGUUUCUGUUCAUAGUUCAACUCCAAAAAAUAGAGAGAAGCAAGUGCUUGCACUUCUGAAAGUACUGCCUGAGUCAGACUGGGAUGCGUCAUUUGUGCUAGACCUAUGUGAGAGAGCCAAAUAUCAUCAGGUUUGUGGAUUGAUUCAUACAAUCAGACAUGAGUAUGUGUCUGCAUUGGAUAGUUAUAGGAAAGAUGUAGAUGAGCCUGUUCAUGCCUUCUCCUUUAUCAACAAAGCAUUCUCACAGUUGACUGACAAUGACCAUGCUGCUAUUCGAUCAGCAGUCAUAUCUCGAAUUCCUGAGUUGGUUGAACUAAGCAGGGAAGGUGCAUUCCAUAUGGUUAUCACUCAUUUCAGUGAUGAAAGUUCCCAUAUAAUCACUGAACUUCACUCUCAUCCAAAAAGUCUUUUCCUUUAUUUAAAGACGCUCGUUGAGCUUCACUUAUUUGGCACCCUAGACUUAUCUAAUUUGAGAAAAGAUGAUAUUAUGAAUCCCCCUAAUGGAAAGCAGGUUAAGGAUCACCCACAUGGAGUCAGUGAUUACUUAGAGAAUAUAUCUAAUUUCCCUAAGUACAUGCGUGAAAAUCCUAUUCACGUACCUGAUGAUAUUAUUGAGCUUUAUGUAGAGUUAUUAUGCCAGUACGAAGGUGGUUCAGUUCUCAAGUUUCUGGAAAUGUGUGAUAACUAUCGCGUGGAACAUUGUUUACGCUUGUGCCAAAAAUAUGGCAUUAUAGAUGCUGCUGCAUUCUUAUUAGAAAGGGUUGGUGAUGUUGGUAGUGCUCUUUUACUUACACUUUCUAAUCUGAAUGAUAAGUUUGUUGAGCUUGAUGCUGCUGUGGAAGCUGUAGUUUCAAACCAUUGCUCAGGUGGUUCUUCCCAUAUGGAAGUAUUCAACACCGUUUUAAGAACAAAGGAGGUGAAUGACAUACACAAUUUAUUGCAUGCCUGUAUUGGUCUGUGUCAGCGGAACACCCGUCGUCUAAAUCCUGAGGAGUCAGAGGCACAUUGGUUUAAAUUACUUGACUCGUUUUGUGACCCAUUGAUGGAUUCAUACGUUGAAAAGAGAGCAUAUGAAAGAAAAAAAUAUCUUGGAAUGCUAUCUGGAUCAGCAGAUUCACAAUUGGACAAAGACACCAAUAAAAGCAGUUGGAAAAUGUCUAAGUCCCGAAAUGGUCAUAUUUUGAGAAAAUUGCUAUCCCAGUUCAUUAAAGAGAUUGUCGAAGGAAUGAUAGGUUUUGUUCACCUUCCAACUAUCAUGUCCAAACUCCUGUCUGAUAAUGGUAGUCAAGAAUUCGGAGACUUUAAACUUACUAUAUUGGGUAUGCUGGGAACAUAUGGCUUUGAAAGAAGAAUUCUGGAUGCUGCCAAAUCCUUGAUAGAGGAUGAUACGUUUUAUACCAUGAGUUUACUCAAGAAAGGGGCCUCUCAUGGAUAUGCUCCCAGGAGUCUAGUCUGCUGUAUUUGUAAUAGCCUCCUUACAAAGAACUAUGUUAGCUCUGGAAUUCGAAUUUUCAACUGUGGCCAUGCAAUUCAUCUCCAAUGUGAAGUUUUGGAAAAUGAGUCAUCAAGCAAAGGAUCUUCAUCUGGAUGCCCUGUAUGUAUGCCUAACCAGAAACGCCAGCAGUUUAGAAACAAAUCAGUCAUUGCAGAGAAUGGCUUGAUCAAUAAAUUCUCAUCAAGACGCCAAUACCCUCAUGGAAGUACUAUUCAUCCACAUGACAGUGAUUUGUCAGAGAAUGUAUACGGACAGCAACAGAUAUCCCGGUUUGAGAUCUUGAACAGCUUGCAGAAAAAUCAGAGAUUUCUGCAAAUAGAUAACUUGCCUCAGUUGAGGCUUGCCCCACCUGCUGUGUACCAUGAGAAGGUAAGUAAAGUGACAGAGUUUGUGGCUGGGGAAAGUAGCAAUAGUUCUGCAGUUACAGAAAAACAUAGUAGAAACAAGCAAAACCGGGAGCUGAGAGUUAAGGGUUCAUCAAUACGAUUUCCUUUAAAAUCAAGUAUAUUUGGCAAGGAGAAGAAAAAUAAGUUGUGACUAACUGUUAUAUAAGAACAAAGAGAACACUGAAGGCAGAGAGAUUAAGCACUAACAACUGUAAAGGCUAACAGCAGAUAUCUUCCCUCUUAGGUUUUCUGUAUAGCUACGAUAUUUGAUGUAUUUCUCAAUCCAUUAUUAUUCUUUUGUAUCUUAAUCUACGUUCAUGUUAAUAACUGUUGUAUCUAUAUUAGGUUUUAAUUUGUGUAAAAUAGAAAAGCCAUUUUAGUGAGUUUAGGAUAUUCAAAUAAUGUGAUGAGAUAUUA